CUGAGCUGGCAGUGUGACUUUCAAACUUAAACAGGCGAAAGAGAAUUGACUGUGAGAUAUAUACUUGCGGUUAGAAUUUCCUUAUUUUUGGAGCUACACAAACAUUCGUUUAAAAUGGCACAGAACAAGGUCUGGAAGAAUUCCUUGGUUCAAUUGAAGAUAUCUGAGGUUCACACCUUAUUCGUUAACCUAACUCCAGAGAUCGUGGCUGAAUUCAUGAUGAAAGGCUGGAAUAGUUAUGAGCAACAAUUAGUCAGCAGUCGUCAAUAAGAAACUGCAACCUCGAUUCGGGGCCUAUUGGGGCCCAUUCUCCAUAUUCUCGUAAAUGUUCUACAUCCAACCCCCGAGAGGGGUUCUCGCCUUCAACACACUGACGUCCUGUAUUGAUACACGGAUCGACUACCUCGAACUUGUUUACGACAACAAAGUUGACAGUUUUGAGGGCAACAUAGAAUAUCUAUUCGAGGGUUCAAAAUAUGACAGAACUGGCCAUUUCACUUUGAGACUCCUGGCCUCAGCAUCCAACGAUUUGUGGGCCUACUGGGUGACAAGGGAAACGAUUUUGCUCGAAUAUAGGCUGGGUCAUGUCUCCCAGAGACAGAUACACCGCAUGUUCAAAAAUAUCCAAAACUCUGUAGAGUCGACAAUGGAAUAUGACCCACUCCAUGCAGCGCUGCACAAAAUUAGCACAUUCUUUUUGCAACGAGAUAUAUUCUCUCAUAUAAUUGGUAAAAAUCAUUCCGACUACUGCGAAGACUACAGCGUAAAACUCAAAUUUCAGACAGUACCAGAUUUGAUAAAGAAAAGGCUUGUCGAUCUUCGAGAGGGCGAUGCAAUAAUAUUUUGUUCAAGAUGGAAACAGCUCAUCAAAUCAUUAUUCAAGUCUCUCCUAUCGAGAGAUAAAGCUAAUCUGGAGAAAGGAUGCCUGACAAACAUGAUAAAGUCGGACCCUCGAUUGAACUUUAUCCACCAAAGAAUAGAGUUGCGAUUGAUGAAAGGGGGGCAGAUUGGAAAUAGUAGAAUAACUGUCAAUAAUAUAGAUUCGGAAGUUUAUAACUUUCCCCUGUGUAUGAGCCAUUUACACUUCACACUACGCCGGCUUCAUAGACUCAGUCACAAUGCACGAUUUUACUAUAGUCUGUUCUUGAAAGACAGUGGAAUGACUGUCGACGAAUCCCUAGUAUUCUGGAGACUUGAAUACUCACAGCCUCACACAUGUACUUGCUCAUGCUCUCACAACUGGCAGUCCGAUACUCGUAGAUUCACCUAUAGUAUCAGGCAUUUGUAUGGGCUUGAAGGUUCUCGCAAAAAUUAUAAUACUCCAAACUGCAGUGUCAUUUGCAAUAAUACAAAUGGGCCAAGAUACGAGGGUGGUUGCCCUUUCAAAAGCUUUGACAGAGACAAGCUGAAAGAGCUACUAAGAUGUGUUAUGAAGCAAAGUAACAUGGACUCAUAUCUGGAUACUUUUUCGAAACAGAAACCGGAAGUUGCCUGCGCAUCUUUCUUGAAAUCGCAACGCAUGAAAAACAUUGACAACACAUUUAUUAACAGCCCGGUACAGUAUUAUCAGCUAAUGAAAGAAUACGAUUGA